UCUUAAACUUGCUUCCUACGAAGUUGGCAUUGGCACUUGAAUGUUGUCCAAAAAGAAGAAGUCUAUCUUCCUAACCCCGUCGGUACAAAGUAUUUGUAAUUUUCACUUUUAGUUGGAAGGUUGUGACACCCCAUAAGUAAUGAAUUUAUUAACGGUUUUGGCUUGGGGUAAACUUAAAGAAAACGGUCCAACUCACUGGUUAAAGUACAACGAGAAGAUAUAUCCGCCUCAGGGCGCAGAAGAGGAACCGCGACCCGCCUAUGUGUGUCAUCAGAGACCAAAUAUCAAAUAUAGUCCCUUCAAAAUGUGGUAUGUGGCGUGCCUGGUACGAGGAAUGGCCGUCGAUGAGGCAAUCAAGCAAUUAAAAUUUGUUACGAAAAAGGGAGCGACGGACGUCAGGGAAGUCAUAGAAGAGGCCAAAGAGCUGGCCGUUAAAGAACACAAUGUUGAAUUCCCAAGUAACAUGUGGGUUGCUGAAUCUUUUGUGGGAAAAGGACCGGUUGUAAAAGGGGUAAGGAGACAUGCCAGGGCAAGGAUGGGUAUAGUCCACUAUGUCUACUGUCAUUAUUUUGUAAGGUUAGAAGAAGGUCCUCCGCCGAAAUAUUAUUACGCUGCCCCAAAACGACCCCACGAACAGCUCGAAAAUUGGCUUGAACAAAUGAGGAGAAGAAAAAUUACCAACUCUUUGUAAAAAGAUUUUUUUUUGUAACAAAUUAAUAAAUACAAAAAGUUCCUGCGUUAAACAGAAUUGAAUAGGAAUGUUAACAGUUCAGGCUUGCUCA